AUGGCGGGCAAUGUGAACGGACGCGAUCCGUCUGGUGAUGAUCCGAAGCCUAACUUUCCAGUUCCUGGCGCGCCUGAGUUUACUCAAAUUACCUACCCUUUCCCUAUUGACUCGGAGUUGACCAUGCCCUCCAACUAUCCUAUGCCACAAUAUCAGCGCCAGCUUGAAGAUGUCGCACAACCUGUCGACACUGCUGGUCACGGUUCAUUGAACAAUACUCCUCUAAAUCCCGCCGGCGCAAGUCCUACCGCAGCAAAUACUGAUCCCGCAAUAACAAUGUCGCAACCCGCAGACCACGCCCCUCCUUCAUUCGCGCCCGGUGCUCUACCUGUUAAUGUCGACAACUCUUCCGAACGCGCACAGGCUCCACAGACCGGCGACAAGAGAAAGAGAUCAAAGACUUCACGGGCUUGUGAUGAAUGUCGGAGAAAGAAGGUGCGAUGUGACGCUCCAACUGAGGCCGACGGGACUCCCAAGACUUGCUCCAACUGUCAGAAGGCAGGUGCACUAUGCGAAUUCGAACGGAAGCCGAUGAAGCGUGGACCAUCCAGAGGAUACAUCCGUGAACUUUCAGAGCGUGUCGAACAAGUUGAGCUUGUACAAAAGCAGGCACUGCGCCAAUCCAUGGAUGCUGGUGUCGCGUUUGCGCCUUAUGCCGAGACAAUGUUGCCAAAAUCUGCCGGCUCUGCUACCAAGCGCACCUUCUCAUUCAACGAACCUCGUCCAUUUGCACAAUCGGACUUCCAGCGUGAUAGAAUUCCAAGCUCUGGUGCCUGGGGUCUUCAUUCGUCUUCCUCUGCUGCCGCUCCUGCGAACCGCCCUCGAGAUCGUGGAAGUCUUGCUAUCGCACCCGAUCAAGCCAAUCCUGCUUCAGGACCAUUAGAGUCAGAACCAACACAGGCUUUUGAGACCGUGGAUCCAAACUGGCCAGCACCUGAAACCUCUCCUCCACCCAAACGUCGGCAACUUGAGCCUUCUGCAAACCUGCAACCGUUCAAGAUGGAGACGACCUUCUUGAACAGAUACUACAAACAAGUCGAGCCUCUCUUCCCGCUCCUUCCUGAUGCCGCCACCGUCGUCAAGGUCAUCGCGCAAGCACCAGAGUUCUCCCAUGCCUUCGCCGUCGCCGUCGAGUUGUUCCCUUACGCCAACGAUGAUGUUACUGUCAAUGGCGAUCACGACAACGGUCCUUCAAACGCAAGCCCCGAAAUGAAUGGAGACCGCACCAAGCGUGCCCUCUCACCUGACUUGUUUCAGAACUACACCGGUUUGGCAGCCUACAUGGCGGAACAGAUGAAAGAAGAUCCACAGAGUCGUACCGAGGAUGAAAACCUGGCCUGUCUCUGGACAUUCUUGCUGCUUGCACUGGAGAGCGACAACGACAUCAGAACCAUCGAGAAAGUGCCUAUGUCGAAAUCAGAACUACUUCAGUACAGCCUGGUCACCCUCGCUCAUCUGCGAUCGGGCGGCUCAUUUUCAUCUGAGGACGACACCAUCAAGGAUCGUGCCCAAUUCGACCGAAUCGUCAAACAGGCUUACAACUGCGCAUUCGUCCUCGCGAAAUACCAUUCUCUCAGCAUCGGCAUAGGAGGCCUCGAUCUGGCUGCUAUGGGCGACCAGCUUCUGAUCGGCCAAGUCGCAGCCACCGAAUGUGUGACCCCCGAAGCGGCCUUCAUCGCAGAAUCCACCACCGCGGUUGGCUAUGCCUACGGUGCUCUCUUCGGCACCGAGGGACAGGGCAAGGAAAUGGCCAUUUUCUUCAUCAAGACCCUCAUUAGGCCCACCCUGGCAAACACCGUUGAACGAUUCUCACAACUUGGCGAAGAGAACCCGAUCGUGCAGCAAGUCAUGAACUUCGUCGAUUCUCUGACCGUCCGUGUCCACCGCCGCAUGCUGGAUGUUGACAUCAUGAAGACCUGCGCAGGGAUGAGUGCAGCGCUUGCCUCCGAGGCCGCAGCGUCUCCCGAGAACAAGCAUCGCUUCAACCCUCUCGACGUCCAUGUGUCGGCACUCCUCGUCAUCACUCUCUGCGACUUUGUCAACAACUGCAAUUCGAUUGGCUUGACCGACAUUGCCCACAUCUACCUGAAUCGGGCCCAAGAGCUGCUGCAGAAGAAGUCGGAGGCGUUCCACAAAGGCUACGGGUUCGAAUGGUUCUAUGCUCCCUAUGCGCCCGAGAACAAGGAGGUUGCAGACCAAUACCGCAUGAGUCACUGGACAGACUGCUUGCUGAGAAUGAUCGACUGGAUUCAGACCAAGCCAGCGACCAUCGAAAAGACUCACAACAUGAACCUCCUUGUCCUUCCCGACUUCCAGAAGACGGCGAAGACCGGCUGGCUCAACAUCCUGUCUCGCUUCUCCGGAUGA